UGCACCGUAUGGGACAUACGGACUGCACGCUUCGAGCUUAGCUGUGGUUCUGCAAGAAAAUCGACAUGAGCAGCAAAGAAACGUGUCUACUCCUCGGAGCGACCGGUGUCGGAAAGACGUUGUUGCUCAAACGUCUACAAAAGUUGAUUGUGCACAGUUUAGAUGAAUUAGAAACACCACCUUCAACUCUUCCCACAGUAGGAACCAAUCUGACAGACCUGACCCUAAAGAAGAAGAAGAAGGUGACUGUGCGAGAGCUGGGCGGCUGCAUGGGGCCCAUAUGGCCCAGUUACUUCAAAGACUGCUCCUCUGUCAUUUUCAUGGUGGAUUCAGCCAACACUGCUCAGAUAUCCUCCUCCUGUAUACAGCUGCUGUCAGUACUCUCUGCUGAGCCUUUGAGCAAUGCCUCUGUGCUUAUUCUCUUCAACAAGAGGGACAUGCCUUGCAUUAUGAGCCUUAUAGAGAUAAAGUCCCUGUUCAGGAUGGAUGACAUUGUUGCCUCUGCUACUCAGCCAAUCACAAUACUGGAAGCCAGUGCCCGAUCUGGAGAGGGACUUAAGGAGGUUUUGAGCUGGCUGGAGUCCGUCAUGGUUAAGUGAUAUGCAUUCAUCAGCUGCUUCAUUAGGUACACCUGUACAACUGUUGUUUAAUGCAAAUAUAUAGUCAGCCAAUAAUAUGGCAGUGACCUCAGUGCAUUUAGGUAUGUAGAGACAGUCAAGAUGAUUGCUGACAUUCAAACCAAGAAUCAGAAUGGGCAAGAAAGGUGAUUUAAGUGACUUUGAAUAUAGCACAGUUGUUGGCAUCAGACCGGCUGGUCUCAGUAUUUCAGAAACUGCUGAUCUACUGGAAUUUUCCCCACACAUCCAUCUCUAGGGGGUUUAUAGAGAAUGGUCUGAGAGAGGAGAAAAUAUCCAGUGAGCAGCAGUUCUCUGGCCUUGUUGAUGUCAGAGGUCAGAGGAGCUAAGAACAGAAAAGGCUGCUGCUGGUGCUGUAAUGGUGUGAGGGGUAUCAUUUUUGGCACAGCAUUGUUUAAACACCACAGCCUACCUGAGCACCUUUGGGAUGUGGUGGAACAGGAGAUUCAUAUGACAGACGUGCAGCCAAGAAAUCUGCAGCAACUGUGUGAUGUAUCAUGUCAAUAUGGAUCAAAAUGUCUGAGGAAUAUUUCCAGCACCUUGUUGAAUCUAUGCCAUGAAGAAUUAAAGCAUUGUAGAAGACAAAGUGGGUCCAACCCAGCACUAGCAAGGUAUACCUGAUAAAGUGUCUGGUGAAUGUACGUAUAUUUGUUACUUAUAUAAUGAUACUGCUUUGACAAAAAAAUGAAAACUGUUCUGCCUUUUGGUCUGUGACAUUAGGAUUCAUUAAAAAAAAAUUAGUUUAGAUACUAUGUUUAGGUUUUAGUGAUGCACUUUUAGUGUAAGAGCGCGUAUCUUUGGUACUACAUUGACAUGACUGUUCAUAAGGAUGAAUGAGAGGGAGAAGUGGAAGUAUGACAGGAUUGGUAAAACAUCACUGUAGGUCUUACUUUCAUGCAAUAGUUAUUCUAGACAGAUAAAGAGUGAAUAUGGGGGGUUCAUGACUGUAUUAGUCGCAUGGCUGUGCACCAUUUGAUGAAAUCCCACAUCAGCCUCCGUCUGAAAUAAAGUCAGCUCUUACACUUUAGAUUUAACAAAUACUAAAAUGUGAGGAACAACUCUUAAACAACUUUAUAAAGGAUUUUUUACAGAACAUUAGUCUCAUAAGGCAUGCAGUAUUUACUUUGUUAUAUCUUUUUUUCUGUAUUUAUGAACUUGUUUACUGUGCAUGUGGAUUAUGUUUUGAUUGAGAGGAGCUGUUAUUUGUGUUUCUUAUAGCUUUUUUCUGUGUAUUUUGUUAUAUUUUGUUAAAGAGUAAAUGACAGAUGUUGUUGACAAAAUGGGAGGAACAAAUAUAAGCUGUAUUGCUUACAUGAUUGCUGUAUGUGACUACAGUGAUUUAUUACCAGCAGGGGGCGCAAACACUUUUUUUCAGUCUAGAAAAUGGUACUGGGUGUGUUCCUGAGUUGUCAUGAUUUUAUUUGACAUCUACUGAUACCAAGGAAAAUGAAUAAAUGCAAGUCAAUAAAGCCGUCUGA